CCGCAACAGCGCACCGGCCCGCCUAGGCCGCACCGCCGCGCUUCGAUCGCUGGUUUAUAUCUCCUUGAGAAAAUUUUCCCUGUGCUACCAAUCAAGCUCACUUGGAUAUCUGUGCAAGGAUUAUCCCACAAACAGGUGGCAGCAGAGGAACAGUCUGCUAAAAUGGCACCAGACAUAGAAGUGCACAUGAAGCAAAGGUGUGCUACUGAAUUCCUCCACGCAGAGAACAUUGCACCGAUUGAUUUUCACUGAUGCUUGCUCUUUCAAGGCUCUGAAUGGCUAGUGAAGAGAGAUGUUCAACCUAAUGGCCAAUUGUUGCACCUGGUUAAAACGCUGGCAGGAGCCUGUCAGGAAGGUGACAUUAAUAAUGGUGGGUCUUGAUAAUGCUGGUAAAACUGCUACAGUCCGAGGAAUUCAAGGAGAGUCUCCUGAAGACGUAGCUCCAACGGUUGGGUUUUCCAAGAUUGACCUUAAACAGGGACGCUUUGAAGUCACCAUCUUUGAUUUAGGAGGUGGAAAACGAAUUCGGAACAUAUGGAGAAAUUACUAUGCUGAGUCGUAUGGUGUAAUAUUUGUUGUGGAUUCUAGUGACAUUGAAAGAAUGGAAGAAACAAAGGAAGCCAUGACUGAAGUUUUAAACAGCCCUAAGAUAUCAGGGAAACCCGUGUUAGUACUGGCAAAUAAGCAGGACAGAGAAGGAGCUCUGUCAGAAGCAGAUGUAAUUGAGACCUUAUCUCUGGAAAAGCUUGUCAAUGAACACAAAUGUCUGUGUCAGAUUGAACCUUGCUCAGCUGUCAUGGGCUAUGGGAAAAAAAUUGAUAAAUCAAUUAAAAAGGGUUUAUAUUGGCUUCUGCAUAUCAUAGCAAAAGAUUUUGAUGCCUUAAAUGAGCGCAUCCAAAGAGAUACUACAGAACAAAAAGCAUAUGAGGAACAAAAGAAACAAGAAAGAGCUGAGCGAGUGAGAAGGAUACGAGAAGAAAGGGAAAGAGAAGAAGGAAGAAGUGUACAUGAUGAGGAGGAUCCUGAGCCGGGGAAUUCUGAAAACCCUUUCCAGCCUAUAGCUGCAGUAAUCUCUGAGAACGAAAAACAAAUUGAGAAGGAAAAGAAGCGGCAAAGGUUGGAGACUGAAAAGGCAAUUGUUGUCUCAACAUCCCAAACAGAACAAGAGCAAGUGGAUGCUCAGCAAUUAACAAUUAACGGUAGUCAAAAAACAAAUGGUACCAGACUAGAAACAUGCAAUUCUACUACUGCACAACAAUUGCAGCGUGAAGAAAAUGAGCAGCAAACCUCAGAAAGCCUUGACUCAGAUAACAGUAAGAAGAAAAAUAAAAAAACAAAAUUAAAAAGAGGCCACAGAGUGGAACCCAUUAAUGGAGAUGAUGCAGUUCCCCCAAAUCCUACACCACCAUCAACUCUUCCACCAGUUGGAUGGGGAACUCCUAAACUUAAUAGACUUCGAAAACUCGAGCCUCUUGGUGAAACACGUCAUACUGUUUUUCAAAAAACAAGUGAAUAUGAAGAUAUUCGGAGUAGUAUAAGAGGAGGAUAAGCAUACUAAAGCAAUGGACACAUUUGAUCAAAGAAAACAUUAAUUCAGGAGUUUAUAGAGAAAAGAGAUCAGAUUUAAUCCUUGAAUUAAUCGUUUCAAGCCAUGGUUAAGGUCACGUAGUACAGCACCAUAUGGACAUACCUGCUGAAAUUCUGAAGCAACAGAAUGUACAGCUUCUCUGCCAAAGGAUAACCAACACACAAAUAAUCAAAAGUUGCCUAAAGAAGAAUUAAAAUCUCUGAGACUACAUAUUUAUUUUCCAAAGGAACGUACAUAAAAUGUAGUCUGUAGUCUGCAUUUCAGAAAAUUGUAAUCAUAAAGCCAUCU